AUGGAUGUGGAUGAACAUGACCAUGACCAUAAGGAGCAUCUGCCCUGCUACCGCGUCUCCUACAUCAUCAUCCAGGUAGCCUUCAGCUUGUAUCAUAAGUCUAAUAACUGGACAAAACAUACCAACAUCUUAUUCUCACCGCUGAGUAUUUUUGCUUCCUCUUUAAUGCUCUCCCUGGGGGCAAAGAAGAACACCCAUGACCAGAUCCUGGAGGGACUGAACUUCAACCUGACAGAAACACCUGAGAAUUUAAUCCAUGAAUGCUUUCAGCAACUUACAUAUAUCUUCCAUCAGCCAGACCACAAAGAACAGCUGGCAAUGGACAGCAGCCUAUUCAUUGACAAGAACCUGAAGCUUAAAGACAGGUUUGUGGAGGAUGUCAACAGCCUGUACCACUCAAAGGUCAUUGCUCUCAACUUCAAUGACACCCAAAGAGCCCAAAACCAGAUCAAUGCGUAUGUAGAGAGAGAAACCCAAGGGAAAAUAGCAGGAUUCGUCAAGGAGAUGGAGGCAGAUACAGCUUUUGCCUUGAUGAAUUACAUCUUCUUCCAAGGCAAAUGGUAUGAUGACUUCGAGGUUGAACACAUUGCGGAACAGGAUUUCUAUGUGAACUCGGACAUGACCGUGAGAGUGCCCAUGGUCCAUCGGAGGGGUCGGUUUUUCUUGUAUCGAGAGUUGGAUCUGUCCAGCUGGGUGAUGGUACAACAUUAUAUGGGUGAUGCUACUGUCUUCUUCAUGUUGCCUGACCAAGGGAAGAUGUGGGAGCUAGAGGAAACCUUGAAUCAAAGACACUUUGAAAAUAGCUUACAGCUCAUUGAUCUAAGGACUGCAGACUUGUACUUUCCCAGAUUGUCUAUAACCACAACCUAUGAUCUGAAGACCAUCCUGGGCACACUGGGCAUCACCAAGAUCUUCAGCAAUGAGGCUGACCUCUCAGGGGUCACACAGGAUGCUCUCUUGAAGCUCGACAAGGCUGUGCACAAGGCUGUACUGACCUUCGGAGAUGAAGUGACGGAAGCUGCAUGGAACACCAGCUGGAGUAAGAGGGACGUUCCUCAAAACUUAUCUAUCCACUUCAACAGGCCCUUUAUAUUUGUCAUUAAGGAUGAAUACACCAAUUGCCCCCUCUUUGUGGGAAAAGUGGUCAAUCCGACAACAAAUGACUGA